GAAAGCGCCUGCCGGCCCUCCAGACCAUCGCGUAGUACGACAACAGCAAGACCUCCGUAGGCUUCCAACGCAUCGAUCUUGUAUUUUAACAACAACGGAUCGUCCUCUCUUUUUUGUCUCUCUCUCGCACACACGUACACGCACGCACACGCGUAUUGUAUUCGCAAAAAAGGAGAAGUUCAGUCUCACAGAGUAUUCUUUCAUUCACGUUCGUGAGUCAGUCGUCUGUGAUUCGACAGCUCUGUCACGGUCCCGCCGGCUAUUGUGAUUCGAGCAAUCGUAAAAGUCAGGAGUGAUAAUGAAGAUGACAGUUGUCAGAACUUUGAUCGUCAUGUCGUUCGUCGGAUCGGAGGUUUUGGGAUACCCGCCGCAAGGGAGACUCAUGCCUGAUUUAACGUCGCAUCGACUACCAGAUGGUGCACCGGUGCCGGCGGAUGCUGUUCAACACGAGGACUCGGUAGCAGCCGCGUCGAGCGUCGACGACGAAUACGACGACGGCGACGAUUCGGACAUCUACAUGGAGCCAGACGGCGCGGACCACGAGAACAAAGACGAAGAAAACGAGAGGAAACAAAUAGAAAGCCAGGAGAAAGCAUCGCGCGAUACAGCUGCGGAGUUGCUCGAAAACAAGGAGAAACCAGCGAGCAGCACCGCGGCGAAGAGCAUCGCGGACCAGAAUGCGGAGAACACGGCGAACGCCGGCCAAACGGAAGCGUCGGAUCUCGAGAACAAAAGCUUGGAAACGGAGAGCCAGAACUUCUUCCCUUCGUUCGCCGAGCUGUUCGCGAAUCACAGACUGUCGUUCUCGGAGCAACGGUACAGACCGAACAGGUUCUUGGGCUACUUCCAGCGCGAUCGCAGCGGCUACCAGCCGGCUUCGUCGACGGCGAAGGACGCUCAGCACCCUCUGCUAGGCUCCGGGAACUUCGGCGUGAUCCGCGGCGGCACCUACUACCCCGAAGAGAAGGAGAACGACGAGUACCCGGCCGACGAUUCCGCCUACAAUCCUUAUUACCGCGGUCGUGCCAACUAUUACAGGAACCCGAAACCACAACCGAUCCGCGGCGGCGACUUCUUCGCGAACUUCAGGGACUUCGCCGACAUCACCGCGCCGCCCAAGUCGAGCUUCUCCCAUUUGUCGGUGGUGUACGCGAACAAGAACGGCAGCGAGACCGGCCGGAUCUCGGAGCCGAGGAACAUCAUCGAGACGCUGAAGAUGUUGGAGGAGGAGGGCCAGCAGAAUCUGGAGGCGGCCACGACGACGGAGGUGCCGAGGAAAAAGCAGAGCAAAGGCAAGUGGAAGCUGAUGAAGAUGAAGCAGUACGAGGACGACAAGUCGAGGAGGUCCCGCAUGAGCGUGGAGCCAUUGCUGGCGCUCAGCUGAACGUCCACCGGGACUCGCGUUGCGUGGUAGUGUGGACGCGGACCUCGGGAUCAUCUCUCCCACACACGCGGAAUCUGGCCACAAGAUCAGAAGUUUCGAAGUCUGGAAAGCGUCGCGCCGUGUCCUAUUAUCGGUGGAGCUGAACGCGAGAGGGCGAAACGGACGGACGCGGAUAAUCGUCGCGUCGCGCGGAUAACCUGUCCGCGCGUUUGCGAACGCCGACGAAAUCUUCGGGCUGGGUUCGAUCGAGCAGAUACGACGAUCGUUCUGCGAUCUUUCCGCGAUCUUUCGGAAUUGGUAACGCGGUCGGUAAACUUUUCUUCUUUGGUAGCGGAUUGGACGAGAUGGAAUUGGAGAUCGCGGAGCAAGCUUUGAUUGGACGAUGGUGAUCGGAUUCUUCUGGGGAGGACGGUGAUUAAGAUAGGAUGGGAUAUUGUCACAGAAACGUUGGACGCUCUUUAAUUACAGUAGAUUCGAUCUAAUUGAUGGUCAAAUUGUGCAGAAAAAUGGACAAUUUUGGAAGAGGAGAUACGAUUUUUCGAGCCUCGCGACUCGUUUUUAUAGU